AGAUUUUGUGGUUGCUGGGUGACUUAUCCUAAAAAAUGGAAACAAAAGGGGGGAAGAAAGAAAAAGACAAGAAAAUCACAAGGGCAUCAUCAUGUCAUCUUCAACUUCUUCUCAACAAUCACGCCUCCCAAUUGCACAAUCGGACGCUGCUCUUACCAAAUUCGUCUUCGCUAUCAACCAAAGAUAGAUCCCCACGCGUCUCUUUCUCUCGCUGUAACCCUAUCCAGCUUUUAGGGCGCAAAUUGUUUCUGAACUUGUUUCAACUCGUAUCGUUGCAUCGUUGCAGCACAAACGCACAAAGCUUCGUCUGUUAGUGUUGUUUCUUCUUGUAAUUUGGGUUUUUAACUUCUACACCCGGUUUCUAGGGUUCUAAUCCUCCCGGAGCUGUUUGGUUCGCUUAAUUUCAGUCGAAGACGGUCGACUAUGGACGAUUGUAAUCGGUACCGGUGAUUUCGUGCUACCUGAGCUCAGUUCAGAAGCUAUAGAGGACAAAUCGAAUUCAUUCAGUUGUUUUCUUGUGUUUUCAGGAAUCAUCAUGAUGAGCAUUAAAGAUUGGGUUUUAUCACAGCUAGUUUCAAACUCAUUGUCCUCAACAAGACCAUUAUCAGGGAGUGACAGUUUCUUUGAAGAACGCCCUGCUAACGAGUUCAACAUUCAUGGUUCCGCUCAAACCGCCACCUCGCCACCACCAGAGGCGGUGACAGAUGUAUCACAACCGCCCAUUCCCAACCAAGAAACCCCACUUCCUACCCCUCUCCGGCCACCCACUUUUGAGAGUUCCCAUCAACCUCAAACUCUUCAAAAAAACAUGAAUCCAUUGGAAAAGAUCGAAAAGCUUCAAAUUAAAUUCUUGCGUGUUCUUCAUCAUCUUGGCCACUCAACAAACGAUCUUAUGGUAGCCAAAGUUUUAUACCGUAUACACUUAGCAACUUUGAUACGUACACAAGAAUCUGAUCUCAAAAAAGUCAAUCUCAACAGUGAUAGAGCUAAAGCUAUAGCAAUACAACAAGAAACAUCCGGUCAACCGGAAUUAGAUUUCUCAUUUUCAAUUCUAGUGUUAGGUAAAACCGGAAUUGGAAAGAGUUCAACCAUCAAUUCCAUACUUAACGAACCAAAAGCCCGGACAAACGCAUUCCGACCUGCCACCGAUCGUGUCCAGGAGGUUUCCGGAAUUGUCAACGGAAUCAAGAUUUCUUUCAUUGAUACCCCUGGUUUGUUGCCUCCAUCACCAAAUACAAUUGGAAGAAACCGAAAGAUUCUUCAAAAAAUCAAGAAACGUUGCCGAAAAUACCCUCCGGAUAUGGUUUUGUAUUUCGAACGGCUUGAUGUACUUAACAUCGGUUACAGCGAUUUCCCGUUACUGAAACUUGUAACCGAAGUUUUCGGGAAUGGAAUUUGGUUCAACACGAUGCUUGUAAUGACGCAUUCGUCCUCACCUCUUCCAGAAGGUUCUAACGGGUACCCUGUAACUUAUGAAUCUUAUCUUACUCAAUGCAUGAAUCUUAUACAGCAUUACAUUCAACAGACAAUUUCCGAUUCGAAACUUGAAACCCCGGUUCUUUUUGUUGAAAAUCAUCCGGGUUGUAAAGACAAGAUUCUUCCAAAUGGGCAAAAUUGGAAAUCCCAAUUCCUUUUAUCCUGUCUGUGCACCAAAAUCUUGAGUGACGUCAACAAGAUUCUUGAUUUCCAUGAGAGAAUGGAAUUGGGGAUUACGGGUUCCCCUCGUAUUCCAUCUUUACCCCAUCUUCUUUCAUCUUUUCUCAAGCAUCAUAUCUCAACCCCAAAUGAAGUAGAUGAAAUCAAGAACCUUUCUCUAUCGGAUUUUGAAGAAGAAGAACAAGAAUAUGACGAAUUACCUCCUAUACGAAUCUUAACAAAAUCCCAAUUCAAAAAAUUAACAAAUUCCCAAAAAAACGACUACCUCGAUGAGCUGGAUUAUCGCGAGACACUCUAUUUAAAAAAACAAUUAAAAGAAGAGCUACAAAGAGAGAAAACAGACGACAGGGACCCACCACCAGAGCCCGUGGUGUUACCGGAUAUGGCGGUCCCGCCUAGUUUCGACCCCGGUAACCCGCUGCAUCGAUACCGGUGUCUCGUGAAUUCCGACCGGUGGCUGACUAGACCGGUUCUCGACCCCCAUGGGUGGGACCAUGACGUGGGAUUUGACGGAAUUAACCUCGAGGGUCAAACUCAAGUGAACGAGAAUUUACACGCCUCGGUUACGGGACAGGUCAGCAAGGACAAACGGGAGUUUAACGUCCAGUCAGCGUGUUGUGCUGCUUAUGUGGACCCCCGCGGGCCCACUUACGGCGCUGAGGUGGAUGCUCAGUCUUCAGGUAAGGAGAUGGUUUACACGGUUCAUGGUAGCGCGAAGGUGGGGGUUUUGGGAAGAAAUGUGACGGAAUGUGGGGUUUCGUUGAUGUCGUUUGGGGGGAAUUGUUAUUCGGGUGUGAAGGUUGAAGAUGGGUUGUGGGUUGGGAAGAGGGUGAAGUUUGUGGUGAAUGGUGGGCGGAUGGGAGGUGGUGGAGGGGCGGCGUAUGGCGGGAGUUUGAAGGGGGUGGUGAGAGGGAGGGAUUAUCCGGUGCGAAAUGACGAGGUUAGCCUUAUGGUGACGGCGUUGUCGAUGGGCAAGGAGGUGGUGGUGGGUGGGAAUUUGGAGGCGGAGUUUAGGGUGGGGCGAGGGACGAAUUUGUCCGUGAAUGCUAGUUUGAACAACCGAAACAUGGGACAGUUGUCGAUUAAAACAAGUAGCUCUGAACAUUUAGAAAUAGCUUUGAUUGCAGGUGUCUCGAUUUUUAGGGUUCUUUUCAGGCGUAUGGGAUUGGUUGGUACAGAUAAAGAUAUGCCCCAGUCAUCUGAUAUCAGCUGGGCUGACUGACUGAUAUCAGACUCCGGUAUAUGGUAUGAUACAAUACAGUUCCAUUUUUGAGUUUUUUGAGGUUUAGUGUUCACUAUAAGAUAAAGGAUUUGAGAUUGUUUGUAUCAAGUGAAAUAAUUGUAAAUGAUUAUUGUAAGAGAGACAAAGAGAGUUUAUCUAGGAAUUUUUAUCUGUUGCUAUUUGGUUCU